CGCUCUAUGCAGCCGUCAUGUUGUUUAUCAUGUGUUCGGAUGCUGCAAGAGCCUCAGCCAGUCCCACAUCAUCCCAAGCAAAUAGUGGAGUGAGGCAAAACCUCCUGAGCUCACUGUUUCCCUCAAACGACCACCACCGUCCCCGCUCCACUGGUCGGCUGUCACCUGAACCUGGAGCGAGUAGUGGAACUGAGAUGGGCAGGAAAUCUGGAGAAGCUCCAUUAAUCGCCAACCAUCAAUCAAACCCUCCAUGGUAUACAGGAGACUUCUUUAGUUACAAUCCAAACAGCCCGGACCAGAGACGACAGAGCCGAGGAGGAAUAAUCAGAGCGCCAAGGGGUGGAGUGAGGCCCGAGAGUUUCAUCAGUCACCCUGAGCAGAGAGGACAGAGCGCAGAGGGGCCACAAUCCAGAUUACAUUACCAGCCACUCCCUCAGAAAGAAACGCAAAGUGGAAAUUUGUACAACUCACACCCAUCGAUUGUAUCAUCUCAAAAUCUAAUUUGGCAUUCAAAAGAUGCUCCGAAGUCUUACAAUGAAGUAAAGCUUCUCGGAAACGAUAAGGUAUCUUGGGUGUCACUGCCCAGUAAAUAUAGUGUGAAUGAGUUGUCUGCGGUCGGAGUGAAGAGCAUGUCCAAUGGGAUUCAAUCAAAUCAAAUGUUCGGCUCUGCAAGUCAAACAGCCUCUCGUGCACCGUCAGCCAGCAACACCUGGGACACAUCUGCUUUUAGAAGUAACCCCAGGUCAGACAAAGUGGCCCAGAGGCCGUCCAUCACAGAUUUCUCCCUGCGGCUGAACUCGAUGACCAGCGACGAUGCGUCAAGACCCAAGGUGGUGCAGUCGUAUCUCUUCCAGGACUCCCCGGCCUCCUCUAUGGUGACAGGUGAUGAGCAACAAGCCAUGGCAACAAUGCCACAGCAGCAGAGAAACUCCGACGCUCAAGUUCACGGCAGAUUUCCUUCGAAUUUUGUAAAAUUACGCAGAAACCAUCUGAUAGAGGGAGAUUAUGCCAAUCUGCUGCAUCUUGACAAGAACAUGGCUCAGGACAGGGCUCAGACGCACAGUGUUAGGAAAUAUCAACCCCUCUCCAUCACGUAUCCUCCUGCUCAACCCUCUCUGCAUCCCACCUCAGGCAAAGACAGAACUCUGGAGAAGUUUGUCCCUGCUCCUCUUGCUGUUUCCCAGGAUUUCUACGCCACAAGUGGAGAGAACGAUCCUGCAGGGAGCUCGGUGUCAACUGCAAGUGGGUCUGCACAUGUUUACGAACAAGAUGGAUCCACAAAAAGCCUCUAUGGCAUGAGAGGGUUUAAGAAUCUGAGGUCCCACCCUGGGCGAUACAGCUUCAACAAAAGAGAGGUGUAUAAUAAAUAUCCCUCUUUGUCUUUAGGUCGAAUCCAAGCAUCAACUGUUUCUCCUCCAAGCCCGUUCACAUCAGGUCUGAAGGACGUCCAACAGCUGCUGCCUCAAAGUGACGCCAGUCCGGACAUGAACUCAGAUCCCACAGAGGUCACAGGCAAAGUAAUUUCUGGUUUUAUUGCUCGACCACUUGAGAGAGCCAAACCUGCAGUUAGAGAACCAGGCAGGCCCACCAGGCGCUGGCGAGGUGUAGAAAUUGUGAGCUCGCAGACCUGGCCACCCAAAAGAAUCAACACAUGGAAGAAUGAUACAGGUGAUUUGGAGGCAGAGAGCAACAGUCUAUCAACACAAAGCCAACGAAAAUACGAGCACAGCAGAUUUACACCAGAUAAAUACAAGAAGAAACACAGCAUCUACACUUUUAUGGGGUUACAGCCCCUUCAAGACAGAUCUGGAAAAGCACACUGGAAUUCCACAACUGCGGCACCACCAACAAGCAUUGAUUCCUCCUCUUAUCUCCCAUCAGCUGCAGGCCUCCACCUUGAAUCCAGCCCAACAACAGAGCCAGGAACGCAUGACAAAACCAAACCUGUUGUGACGAAGGCGAGGCAGUUCUUCAGAACCCCGAGCAGAAUGGUGAUCGGGAAACGUGUGCGAGCAAAACCCGACGAGAGCCAAAAGCUCAGCGGAUCUUCUUUUCCCGCCAACGAUACGGUGGACGUAGCCAUGGUCGGGCGGCCCAAGGUCAAAGCUCUCACCUUCGCUGAUAUCCUUGGAUUCCUCUCAUUCGGACGUGUCAGAGCUACAACGCAGACGCCGAUGACACCAGCUGAUAAGAAGGAUUAUUUUCCAAGAGCCCCGGCUGAGACCAGGCAGGAGGAAGGCCCGAGUUCCUGGACCUCUGACGACAGAGUGCAGAGCGGGAAGAACACGAGCAGAGGUGCCAAAGAUCAGGUGGGAGAUUACAGCAGAAUUGAGGAAAAGACGCCGGGGUUUCAAAGCAGAGCCUUUGAAGGUGGAAUGAAAACAGUAGAUGCUUUCCUGGAUAACGAAGGAAGUGGAAGCGGGGCCUUUAACGUGUCUGAUGUUUUGUCAGCUGACCGCCCACAGAGUCAGAGCCUCACUGAGGAUUCGUUAGAGUUCGAUUAUCUCCGAACAGCGGCAGGAAACAUCUCCUUCAAGUCCGUGAAACUGAACCCGACCUGAGAAAUGAUGGAAAAGUGUUGAAAUGUGAUCGACAGUUGA